CCCGGUCCCUCCCCGGUUCCUCCCCCCGCAUCCAUUGGCCGGACGGCGGCGAUGGCGGCGAUUCGCAGCGUGAAGGGUCUGGUGGCGCUGGUGACCGGCGGCGGCUCCGGGCUGGGCCGGGCCACGGUGGAGCGGCUGCUGGAGCGCGGGGCUCGGGUGGUGCUGCUGGACCUGCCCGAGUCCGCCGGGGCUCAGCUCGCCCGGGGGCUCGGGGAGCGCUGCGCCUUCGCCGCCGCCGAUGUGACCUCUCCCGAGGACGUGGGGGCCGCUCUGGCCCUGGCCCAGAAGAAUUUUGGCCGCCUGGACGUGGCCGUGAACUGCGCCGGGAUCGGCAUCGCCGUCAAGACCUACAACAGCAAAAAGGACAAAGUGCACGAGCUGGAGGAUUUCCAGAGGGUCGUCAACGUGAACCUGGUGGGGACGUUCAACGUGAUCCGCCUGAGCGCGCAGCUCAUGAGCCGCAACCAGCCCGACGCCGACGGCCACCGCGGGCUCGUGGUCAACACGGCCAGCGUGGCCGCCUUCGAGGGGCAGGUCGGCCAAGCCGCCUACUCGGCCUCCAAGGGCGGCAUCGUGGCCAUGACCCUGCCCAUCGCCCGGGACCUGGCGCCGCUCGGCAUCCGCGUGGUCACCAUCGCCCCAGGGCUCUUCUCCACCCCGCUCCUGGCCGGGCUCCCCGAGAAGGUUCGGAACUUUCUGGGCCAGCAGGUUCCGUUCCCGUCCCGCCUCGGGGACCCGGCCGAGUUCGCGCACCUGGUGCAGGCGCUGGCUGAGAACCCCAUGAUCAACGGGGAGGUGGUGAGGCUGGACGGGGCCCUGCGGAUGCAGCCCUGAGCCGGGGGAGACCCCCCGGGCCGGAUUUUGGGGAGGGGGAGCGGCCGCGCCGGGACCCAGCGGGGAUGGACGCUGCGGAUGGACACGCGCCAGGGACACUCCAGGACGGGAACGCUGCGGGGACGAGGACUGGGGACACCGGACGAUGUUUCCUGAGUGGACACGACCCCCCCCGAGUGGACACGACCCCCCCGAGUGGACACGACCCCCACCCCGAGCGGGGACACCCCUGGAUCUGGGGACAAACCCCGGCAGUGUGGCUGUGACACCGCUCAGGAAGUGGCGAAACCCCGCCAUGGGGACCCUGCCCAGGUGUGGGGGGGUCCAUCCCGAGCCCCCCCCGAGCGUGGGAACCCCCGGGAGUCCCCCCC